AUGGCAGAGGGAAACGGGACCGGGGGGAUCGGCUUCCUCCUGAAGGGACUGUGGGACUGGCCAGAGGUGAGAUUCGCGGCCUUCGAUGCCAUCUACUCGGCCACGCUCCUGGCCAACGGUGGCCUCCUCCUCACCCUCCGUGGUGACCACCGUCUCCACACGCCCAUGUACGUCCUCCUCGCCACCCUGUCUUUCUGGACGCCUUCUGCCCCAUGGCCGCGGUGCCCAAGGUACUGCGGGGCCUCGCCUCCGGAGACCGGCGAUCUCGUUGGCCGGGGUAAGGACGUCUUCCUCCUGGCGGUCACGGCCUCUGAGCAUCGCUUGGCCGUCCUCCGCCCUCUCCAUUACGCUGUUCUCAUGGACGGGGGCGUGUGCGUCGCGCUGGUGGCCGGAGACUGGCCGGCCCGCUUCCUCAACUACCCCCUGCACGCGUCCUUCACCUUCACCAUGACCUUCUGCCUCUCCAACCUGGUGGACCAGUACUACAGUGACGUCCCUCCGGUGACGGGCCUGUCCCGCUCUGGCCCCUUCUACGUACUCGUCGCGGGCGUCACCUUGAGGAGCCGCUCGGCCGAGGGUAAGCGCCGGACCUCGUCCACCUGCACCUCCUGCCUACUGGCCGUCGGCCGCUUCUACGGCCCCGCAAUCUUCACCUACAUCCGGCCAUCUUGCGGUCACUCUCCAGGAAGCGACGGGCUCGUGGGCAUGCUUUAUGGCGUCCUCAACCCCCUCAUCGACAGCCUGAGGAAUGAGAAGGUCAAGGGGGCCCUCCGACCGUUGCUGAGACAGAAGGCCCUCCAGCUGGUGAACAGAAAGUGA